AGCAAUGACAAGUAAAAUCGCGUUCUUUUAGUACGUUUUCUCUUAACUCUGAACAACAUAUGAACUAAAAUUUUGUAAGAUUUUCCCAAUUUUCUUUGAAAACAUCCUUUAAAAUUGUAAAAUUUAAGUGAGUUCAUCUUGUUUUAACUUUAAAAUGGAAUAUAAUAAUUAUAACUUCUUUAAAGUUUUUUUUUGAUUCAUAGUUCUGAUUACAUGUCACUAAAGUCAGAGUUGUAAAUGGAACACAAUUUUUGUAGACGGUGUUCGAAAAAGUCAAGUGUUUGUGGUGUGUUUAUUUUUAAUUAAAUAGUUUAUACUUAUUAUCAUUUAUAAGUAGUUCCAAUGAAAUGGCAUCUGCAUUGGAACAGUUUGUGAAUACUGUUAGGACUUCAUCUUCCCACGGUAACUUUAGGGAGCUUUGUGAAUAUAUAAAUAAAUCUAGUGAAAUACUAAUAAAGCACAGUCAACAUUUGGAUAAUGUAUUGGAAACUUUAGAUAUUCAGCAGCAUUCUUUAGGAAUUUUGGCUGUAUUAUGUGCUAAAUUUAGUGUUCAACCUGCCGCCAAUUCAACUGAUAACAGAUUUACUCAAGCCCAAGAUUUCAUAUUGAACUGCAAUGGAGAACAAAUUAGGUUUGCACCCGAUACUUUUGCAGAAUUAUGCCAUUCUCUCACCAAUUACUUAGUCGAACAGAAACAACCAUUAAAAGGGAUAGUACUAUUGCAAAAGGCUAUUUCAAAGUUAAGACUGUAUGAUUCACAAUUGACAUCUAUCCAUGCAGAUCUUUGCAAAUUGUGUCUGCUGGCUAAAUGCUUUAAGCCAGCUCUGGAAUUAUUGAAUAUUGACAUAACAGGAAUAUGUCAAGAGCUAACCCAAAACCCAAAUGGACCUCAAUUUGAUUCGAAGUAUUUUCUGUUGUAUUACUAUUAUGGCGGUAUGAUCUAUUUAGCUGUUCGUAAUUUAGAUAGAGCCUUAUAUUUUUUUGAAGUAGCUAUAACGACACCUUCUCUAGCCGUUUCACACAUUAUGUUGGAAGCCUUUAAGAAAUACAUCCUAGUUUCACUGUUAUUACAUGGAAAGAUACAAGCUAUUCCUAAAUAUGCCUCUCAGGUGGUGACGAGAUUUAUAAAACCACUAUCACAGCCUUAUUAUGAAUUAGCUAAUGCCUUCACAUCAAAUAAUACAGCAGAGUUGAAUGCAGUACUUAACAAACACUCUGAGAUAUUUAACAGAGACCACAACAUGGGUCUGGUGAAACAGGUCUCUUCAGUACUAUACAAAAAGAAUAUACAAAGGUUAACAAAAACAUUUUUGACACUUAGUUUAUCUGAUGUUGCCAGUCGAGUAGGAUUAUCCAGCCCCGUAGAAGCUGAAAAUCAUAUAUUACAAAUGAUCGAAAAACAACAAAUUUUCGCUACAAUAAACCAAAAAGACGGUAUGGUUGUCUUCAGAGAUGAACCAGAUAAGUAUAGUGGACCGGAAGUUCUAAAGGGUCUAGAAGAACAAUUAUCACUCUGCAUGGAAUUAGAUAGGCAAAUAUUAGCAAUGGAUGAAGAAAUUCAAGUCAACCCACAGUAUGUUAAGAAAUCUUCAGGCCUGCAAGAUGAGGAACAGCCUAAGAGUACAUAUGCAAUGUAAUAAACAAAUUUAAUAUGUUUGAGACGAUUUUACGAUUUUUUUUUUAUAAAACAGAAUGUUCUUAUCUUUUCUCAUGAAAUGUAAGUAGAGUGUGUUUCUUAAAUUCAUAUUUUAGGCAGAUUUUUUUUUAAAUAAUUAUUUAUUUUCAAGGAAAGUUGAAUAAAAACUAUUAAAGGAAAAGUUUCAAAAAGUUAUGAGACCAUUGACGAAAAAGCUGACCUGUUUUUAAGAAAUUACACUGUUUACCUAAUUCACAUCUUAGUUACAUUCUGAAACAAUCAUAUUGAAAUUUUGUUGUGGAAUGUGGUAAACAUUAGAAUUACAGAAACAGCUUAUUUUUGUUUUGAAUUUUUUUAUCAUGAUCAACUACUUGUUUAUUAAAAUUUUUAAACGACUUUGUAAUACUAUUCUUUCUGAUUCAAACAGAUUUCUUAAAAUAACUCGAAACUAUGAAUCCUGAAGCAAAAAAUAUAUACCUACUUAUGAUUGAUUUAAUAACCCAGUUUUUAACAUGCCUCCUGUCCUAGUCAUAGGAAUGGUAAGUUUUAUGAAAUACAAUUAAUUGGGAAUAAACUUUUUUUUUUAAUAACGUUAUCAUCGUUUCUGCAAUCAUCUAGAGAGCACUGCAGCAAAUUUAACCUUGGAAUUCAACAAAGAAAAUAGAAUGUUUUAUCCUUCUCCAAGACAUAAUCUAGUUUCAUGAGUCCAGUCUUCCACUGAUAUUUCUCUGAUCCAUGUAUUAAUUGAACAUAGCUUUGCAGAAGUCCAGUUAGUAGCUCGGGUACUGUAAAAGGGUAAUUUGAGCGCCUGGCUUUUCUUUUCUCGUAAUGUUUCUCUAUUCCAGACUAAUUUUACAUGAUUCGCUCACCCUAAAAGGGUAUGUGGCAAUCCAAAAGUUCUUGUGAAGAUAUUCUGAUAAAAGCUGCAUGACUAACAGUUCAAAACACUAUUUGAUGGUUAGAAUAUCUUCUCAAAAGCUGUAAUAAAUGUGUGGUUAUUGAGCGUACACCACAAAUAUCGACAAUUUAUUUUUACAAAAGUUGUAAACUUAAAACAAAAUUCUAAUAGAUUUUAAAAUGUGUAUUUAUAAGGAGUAAUUAACAAAAUAUGGAUUUGAUGAAGUCCUUCAGCCUGUGGAGUUACAAACAAUAAAUUAUUUGUUUUACAAUGGUUGUGUAUAGCAAACUGAUGGAUUUAAGACAUUCUACAUUUAUUUUGUUAAUUUUUGUGCAUUUAUUACUAUUUACAACUUUCUACUUGUUCUAAACUCUUGCUUGUAAAACCUUGUUUUUAGAAAGCAAUAAAAAAUAUUAUUUCUAUAAAAAAAACU